AAAGUCACCAGAAGCAUAAACCGGAUUAUGCACACUGCUAAUCCGGGUGGGGUUAUUUAUUUCACCACUUUUCCAUUUGACCAUGUUUUCUGCUCUUCCGUAGAGGACGUCGAGUGGCUACGUAGCCUUCAUGGCUCCGCCCUCGAUAACUGCAGUUCGCCUGAAACGUCACGGACAACAGCCACCUCUGCACGGGAUAGUCUGCAAACAUACUAAAGUAGCCUUUUUUUUUUCAUCGCGAACGCCGAGCCCGCAGCUGGAUAUUUUCGCAGGGUUUAUAUGCAUGCGUUUCCAAAUGGAUAUGGAUUCAUAAUCCGAUCCUGACUGCAGGGCGACCCGUCUCUCCACCGCUGCUUCCACCUCACCACGACAAUGUAUCGGACGUUUUUACUAUCAAAUGCCCGGUGCUGGGAUGCCGACAGCACGAGGUCGUACCAGGACUUGUUUGAGAAGCUUGAUACCAAUAACGAUGGGAAGGUGGACGUCGCUGAAUUACGCGCGGGCCUCAAGGCAAUGGGCUUGUUCCGCCAGGGUGCCGCACAGAAAAUCGUGUCGUCCGGUGACCAGAACAACGAUGGGAGCCUCGACUUCAAGGAGUUCAGCAAAUAUCUGAAGGAGCACGAGAAGAAGCUGCGGCUGACGUUCAAGAGCCUCGACAGAAACAACGACGGGCGCAUUGAUGCCUCGGAGAUCCAGCAGUCCCUCGCAGAGCUGGGCAUGGAUGUCAGCAGAGAGAAUGCCUUGAAAAUAUUGCAGAGUAUGGACAUUGAUGGGACCAUGAUGGUGGACUGGAAUGAGUGGAGAGAACACUUCCUGUUCUGCCCUGCUCACAACCUGGAAGAGAUUAUACGCUACUGGAAACACUCAACGGUGCUGGACAUAGGGGACAGUCUGGCCAUCCCAGAUGAAUUCACAGAGGAGGAGAAGAGCACAAGUGUCUGGUGGAAGCAGCUUGCUUCAGGUGCAGUGGCGGGGGCCGUCUCUCGCACUGGUACCGCCCCUCUGGACAGAAUGAAGGUCUUCAUGCAGGUUCAUUCUUCUAAGACCAACCGGAUAAGCCUGGUAGGGGGCUUCAAGCAGAUGAUCCUAGAGGGAGGCCUAACUUCACUGUGGAGGGGAAAUGGGAUCAACGUCUUAAAGAUUGCGCCUGAAACCGCAAUCAAAUUCAUGGCAUAUGAACAAUUUAAGAAGUUGUUAUCCUCAGAAGGCAAGAAGAUUGAGACACACAAGAGGUUCAUGGCUGGCUCUCUGGCCGGGGCCACAGCACAGACAGCCAUCUACCCAAUGGAGGUAUUAAAAACCAGACUGACGCUGGGAAAAACUGGCCAGUAUUUAGGAAUGUUUGAUUGUGCCAAGAAGAUCCUGAGGAAGGAGGGACUCAAAGCUUUCUACAAGGGCUACAUUCCAAACCUAGUGGGCAUCAUUCCCUACGCUGGGAUAGACCUUGCUGUUUAUGAGACUCUGAAGAACACGUGGUUGUCGCACCACGCCAAAGACUCGGCCAACCCUGGAGUUCUGGUGUUGGUGGCCUGCGGGACCAUGUCCAGCACCUGUGGCCAGCUGGCCAGCUAUCCACUCGCGCUUGUGCGCACACGGAUGCAGGCACGAGCGUCUCUGGACGCAUCAGACCAGCCCUCCAUGAGCAGUCUGAUGAAGAAGAUAGUAGCCAAAGACGGCUUUUUCGGACUCUACCGGGGCAUCCUGCCAAACUUCAUGAAAGUCAUUCCUGCUGUCAGCAUCAGUUAUGUGGUUUACGAAUACAUGAAGACCAGCUUAGGAAUUUCCAAAUGAUGCUGCAAGCAAAUGAAAAAGAACAUUUAUUUGUCAGACUUGAACAUGCUUGAAAUACCUCCUAAGAAACGACAGACAUCAAACAUACAGAGCAUGACUUCCACCAGCUGGCAAAGACGUUCAGUGGAUGGAAAACUGUUUGUUUCCCUCUUAGGGUCAUCUGUCAGUAGCUAAAGCAUUUAUCGUUCCUGCUGAGCAUGCUUUAAUUUGUAUCCUAUUGUUCUACGUAACACACUCACAAAAUAUGUACACUGUCCAAAAAAAGAUUUUACAUAAAGAUGGUAUUGUACUAAAUACAUACAUAAAAUACUACAGACAUAUUUUGUUUAGUAAAAGCUGGAGCUUAUUCAAAGGAGAUACACAGCAGAGUUAAUGGCCUUAUUUUAAGGUAAAAUGACACUACACUAGAUUAAAUGUUGAAGUCAACACCCUUUAGAGGUAGUUUAACUUGUAAACACCUAUAGUGACAUCAGCUCCAGUCAGCAGCUGGCAACUAAAAAUAACUGGCCUUGAGAAAUCAAUAACUUGUUAACACUGGAGUUCUGUGUGCAUGAAGACAAAUGUGUCUUGUGCAAUGCGAAAAUUACAAAUUCUGUGUUAUUUGAUAAUCAUUUAAAUGUGCCUUACAGCCACUUAAUGUGAACUAUCUGACAUCACAGAUGUGUUUUUUUACUACAUAUAUAUACUGCAUCUAUGUACUGUGUGUAUAUAUAUAUAUAUUUAUAUCUUUGUUUUUAGUUAUGAUUAUUUACUAGUUUUGAUGAUGGUUACUACUAUGUAACAUGGUAACUCUUUAAAACAGUAAUAACUCAUCAUUGGACUUGCAAGGAGCUUGUUUUUGUCUUGUUUCACUUCUCAUUUUACCACAGCAAGUGCUUCACAACCAAACACACAUUUACACUCUCACAAGCGGAUACUGUUUCCUUUAACAUUGGGCGACUUGUUCUUCCACACAGCCUAUUGUCUUUAUUUAAUGUUAAUUUAAUGGGGAUUUUAAGAAACGGAAACUGGUCUUGAUUUGAUCAUUUUUAGCCUGAACAUGUGGAAACUUCUCUUUAGUUUAAGAUAGUCUUUCCUGGAAGCAAAUGGCUUAGUGGUGUAAAGUUCACCUCUUCGGGGUGGGGAUCACUGAUGUGUGUUAACAGCUCCACCUAGUGGCUAAUAAUAUACAAAAAACAAAACUGAAGGUUUUGCUCAGUUGAAUAAUAACAACACAAGUACGAGACCAUAAUAGAAUUUUAGAAUAGAUAGAAAUGUAUAAUAGAUACUACCUGGUCUAACACAAAUGAGCCAGACUAAAUGGGCAGCGGUAGAGGUCAGAUAUAUUAGUGGAACAAAGCAGGCAAAAUACAGACUAAGUAGAAUAACUAAGACCAAGAAAAUGAGUCCAUCAUCUUUGUCUGUGAUUUGGGCUCUGGCUUUUGUUUCGAGCAUCUUGUCCAUCUCAAGUUCGAACAAUUGUUUCAAUUUGCUUUCAUCAUAACACAAAAGGGAUCUGGAGAAUUAUUUAAGAUUCAGUAGCUUUCUAAAAAAUAAGCCCACCAAAAUGGUUUUAUAUCUUAAUCAAAUAAAUUAAGCUGGUGAAAUGAUUCUGGGAAUGACUAUUUCUUGCAGUGUGCAGGUUACAAUAAUAUAGGUUUAUAUUAGAGCCCUCCCUGUCGCAAAAUAAGCUACAAG